AUGGAGAAACGGAUUACGACGGGCAGGUGUUUGGUCACAUUAGCAGCCACGUUCUCGGUUCUGCUCACUUCGGCGGUCUGCCAAACCGUCUGCCCGAGGAGAUGCUCCUGCCACUUGGGCCAACAGCCGAAAACUGUCAUGUGCGCGAGACAGGGCCUCGAAGCGUUCCCCGAAAAUAUCAGCAGCGUUGUGGAGCAAUUAAAUUUAUCGAACAACCUGUUAACGGAUAUCACGAGUGACAUUAAUCGAUUGAUACAUCUGCAGUACCUGAUUCUAUCCAAGAACAGGCUGAGUUCGUUGCCCGAGGACAUUAGUAACCUGAAGAACCUAAAGAAGUUGGACCUGAGCUGGAACCAAAUACACACGAUAGUUGACAUUAGUUCUGUGAGGCAACUGCCGGCCCUGAAGUUUCUCUACCUAUCUAAGAAUCCGUUAUCCAGCUUGGAGGAUUUGGAAAACGAUGGACUCGAAGUUUUGAGCGUCACUCAUUGCGAAAUACGAGAAUUUAGUAAUACAUCUCUGGACGGUCUUCCCGCAUUAACGACACUAAGCUUGACAGGAAACCCUUUGAAAUUCAUUCAGAAAGCACGGAGUCCAAAACUACGGUGGCUCGAUAUGUCCGACUGCCUUUUGAAUUUCUUAAGUCCCGAUACUUUCAGCGGAUUUCCAGAGCUUGAAGAGCUUCGGAUGGCCAACAAUCCCACGUUAGUCUACAGUACCAGACACGAGACGCUGACCCAUUCAAAUCUGAAGAGAUUGGACGUGUCUAGGUGCAAUCUGGACAGACCAGGUCUCCACGGACUCCCAUCGCUGGUCCACGCUCGAUUAACCCGCAACAGUAUUCGGCUGUUGCCCGAUCGCAUUUUCGCUAAAAACAGACAACUAGGUUUCCUAUAUUUGAACACGAACAGCCUCGAAAGUUUGAACGCGAGCACGUUCGAAGGCCUGGUGAAGCUCCAAGUGUUGGACCUGUCAGCCAACAACCUGGAGACGAUUGAUCCCCUAACGUUCCACGAGAACAUAGAACUGAAGCAGCUGAAUCUGUCCUACAACAACUUACAAGAAUUUCCAAACCUCACGUCGGCUGUCACGACGCUGGACUUGUCGUCGAAUCAAAUCAGCAAGCUCAGCCAGAACUUCUUGACGGGCAUGCCGAAAAUAAAGAGCAUCAUCUUGACUGAGAAUCGAUUGGAAACGAUACCAUCCCCCUUGGUAUCCACGACGUUGAAGAACCUGGAUCUGCGACGGAACAGACUGGUGGAAGUGGAUAAUAAUACAUUCCUUCGACUGCCUCAACUCAUAAGAAUUGACUUAUCAGGAAACCGUCUGACUGAAGCUAUGAGUCCAAACAUUUUUAGAAACAAUCCAGGCUUGAACAUCAUCAAACUAGGGGACAAUCCUUGGCGAUGCGACUGCAAGGAAUUGGCCCACUUGUUCAAUUAUCUGACGGAAUUGCCUGCCAAGACUUUGUCGACGAGUUUGAUUUGCCAGACUCCAGCGAACAUGUCAGGUUACUCCUGGGAGAGUGCUUGUUUCGACGCCUGGAAUGGACCCUUCAACUAUAACAAAGACAGGUCCUGGGGCUUCGUGCUGAUCAUCAUUCUCACUCUCAUAGUUCUAUUCGGAAGUUUCGUCUCCAUCAGGCACAUGAUGAGAAUCAAGAGGAGGGCCAUAGAACAAAGACAACAGCUGGAGGCACUGAGACUGCUCAGACAAAGGAGGGUUCAUACUGGACGACAACAAGAAGAACGCGUCGAACGUCAACCAGAGCCCAGAAUCCAUCCGCUGGAGUUACUAGGACCUCCCAGUUACGAAGAGGCCAUACAGAUGCCGCGACUGGCUCGUUCUCUGGACAACCUGGACGAAAUCUCUGUAGAUACAUCAUCCGUUCGCGUCAUGGGUUCCGCUGACAACCUGAGGACGAAGCAGAGGAGAACUAGGAGGAUAAAGACGAGGAUUUACAGCGAGGACGAUUUGCUGAGGAGGGAGGGACGUCGACAAGAAAGAAUUAAGAGGGAAAUAAACGCAUCUGUUAGUAACGUAGCCUCUGAGGUACCACAGGUUGUCAGCCAAACGACUUCCAGGACCUCCGUGGCGCGAAAACCCAGAAGACACAGCAUGCUAAGCGAUUCUGUGGAUUCUUCAACCGGGAAGCUUCGAACCAGGCCGCAGACACCUAGUGCUAAGAAAAAAAGAAGAAGACGCACGGUUUACGACGGUCACUCAUCCGACGAUGAGGAUUCCGACAUUCCGCGAUACCAGUCCACCAGAUCCAUGGUCAUUAGGGAACUUCGAAGGGAACCCAAAAGCGGUUACAGAGAACCCGCGGUGGACCACGACACCUAAGAGUUCGUAAACUGCGGGUGGAUUUAA